AUGUCUUUGGAAGAAAAGUUCAAUGCCGCAGUCAACGUUAUCAGGAGUUUGCCGAAAAGCGGAUCAUAUCAACCGAGCAAUGAGCUGAUGCUGCGUUUCUACAGUUACUUCAAGCAGGCCACAGAGGGACCGUGCGAUAAGCCCAAACCUGGUUUCUGGGAUGUUGUGAACAGAGCAAAAUGGGAGUCGUGGAACAAAUUGGGCAAUAUGACGAAGGAUGAAGCAAUGCAGGCAUACGUCGAUGAAUUACAUAAGAUAGUAGAAACGAUGUCAUACAGCUCAGAUGUGGCCUCAUUUCUGUUGGUGGACGAUGACGAUCAAGGAUUUCCCAAUACAGACCUUGAGCUGGUCGCCGGAGACGUACUGGCGAGGGUUCGUUCUGCACACAAUUCACCCAUAGGCUCUCGUUCAGUGAGCGGUGCAUCAUCUCCCAUCCGCGGGCCCACGCCUCCGCCACGACAACGACACGACUCCGAGGACGAGUACAUAGAUACGGUCGAUGUUAGUAUUAGUGAUCCUGAAGUCCCCGUAUCAGUCCCGGUACCACAGCAGCAAGUCCAGCAAGUGCAGAGGACGACAGCUCCCCGCCUCAGCAAUGGACACGCGCACCAGAUCACAUCGCAACUCACACAUUUAAAGGUGCUAGAACAGUUACCGGGUACUCUAGCUAGACUAGAAGCUGACGUGGCCGCCCUCAGGAAGGCUGUCGAAGGAGACCGCCGGAUACUUGAUCAAGUGUCGCAAGAAUCGCAGCCAGAAUCAACAGGCGUAACACGUAACGUCUCAACUGUGUACAUCACAUAG